GAUUACUAAAUAAUUUCAUGUUUGCCACUAAAAUUAGUUUAUUUCAUUCAUGGUCACUAAGAUUAGUUCAACAGUUCAAGUUUGGUCACUCUCUGUUAGUCUCCAUUAACUUUUAAUGAUGUGGCAGUCAACUCUUAUAGUUGACCGUUAGACUAGUGACGUGGCAAUAAAAAUAAUAAUAAAUUAAAAUUAUGUUUUAAAUUUUCCACGUCAUGAAUACAUUUACAAAAUAAAAAUAAAAAAUUUCUUAUCCCCACCAAAACCCACCGGGAAUAAUGCCUCGCGGCCUGCUCUGGCGGAGUCGUCGGCCUCUCCAUCGAGACAUACCAGGUAAUGCAUAAGCUCGAUUUCGUCCGCUCGAGAUUCUCCUUGAUCCUCCUCACUUUCCUCGCAAUGAUCGCUUUCCAGUCCAUCAUUCACGUCGUCGUCCGCGAGAUCCCGAUCUCAACCAGGCAAACUUCUGUCGGAUCCUCGAAGUCGCCGACAAGCUACUCCGCAAGUUCUUAUUCAGCACCACACUGCUACUAUCUCCUCCUUCACCUUUGCCUUCAAUUCCGUUGUUGUAUCGACAGCAUUGCCCCGCGACCGAGGUCGUCACAGUCGUUGCCUGCUCCGGAGGAGUCGUCGGAUGCAAGUUUCAGGGGGAAUAAAUAGCUUUGUCUUUAUGUUCUUCUUCUUCCUCAACUCUUCCUCUGAAGUGGGUUUUGUGGUUGAUUUCAAGAAAUCCCUUUCUCUUUUUAACAAGAUGGGUUGUAGACGCACUGUUUUUAAAAUUUGCUCCUGAGGAUUUGGGAGUCUCACAAAAGAUACUCUCCUCUUCGCAGCUCCCAGCCUCAUCAGAAAUGUUUCUCCUAAUCAUCUCCCUUUCAAUUAAUUACUCAGAGCAACUCCAACCGUCCCAAGGUCAAACCCACCUAAAGAUUCAAAACAUUUUGAACAAUCUAUCCGUCUUAAGCACAUGGAAUAGCUCCACCGAUUUGUGCAGUAGUUUUGUCCAAAUAAUUCUCUUUUUACAUUUAGGAAAAAUACACUUGUAUAGCCAAACUUUCGCGUUUUUGCCAAUAAUAGCCAAUUUUGGAGAAAUACCACUUAUAGCCACUUCCGUUCAAUUCUUUAACGGUGUCAGCUAACAAGCUGACUGGACUAACGACUUUGCUGAUUUGGCGACAUUUCAUCAAUAACACUGCCACGUAGAUUAAUAAAUAAAUAAAAAUUAAUGAAAAUAAAAACAAUUAAAGACCAUUUUUAAUUAAAAACUCCACUUCCACCUACCUCUGUAUGCUCCAUCAGCGUCCCCAUCCUCCAUGCUCCAAGAACCCGCAAACCUUCUUCCUUUCAAAGCCAAAAUCCCAAAAAAUCUGUCCACCUACCCUCUGCUCCAUCAUCGUCCACAUUCUCCACUACUCCAAGAACCCCAAACCCUUCUCCAUUUCAAAGCCAAGAACCCCAAUUCCCUACACCUACCCCCUCCUCUGCUGAGAUUAUCUAAACUCCUAAAAAAAUCCCCACCCAAAACUCUCCCAAUCCUCUUCUCCAACCCCAACUUCAAAUCAAUGUUCAAUCCUCGUCGCCUACUCCCACCCCUUCCGCCGCGCCGUCCAGAUCUGCUUUUCAGGAUGAAGAACUCGUUCGAGGGUCUUUAAUCUGGCGAGAUUGCAGUUCAUACGCCAUAGUCGGCAAGAACAUUGUUGUGCGAUUUCUGAUUUCAAAUUUCGAUGGUGGGUCUGGCAAUGGUAGAGCAUUGGGGGAGGGGGUGCUAGCGAGGAAGUGGAAGCGACUUUUGGCCAUGGCGAUCUUGUUUUUUGUCUACGACGGUGGUGAGAAACAAGGGCGUUUCGGAAUAGAGAGAGGUCGAAGGCUGGACUUCCUCGCUGGGUUCUUCAGCUGGGGUCCUUGGAUAUACUUCUACCGUUGAUUUCGUCUUUGGCAGGGGUGAUGAAUCGACGACGACGACGAUGCAAAGGACGCUGGAAGCUGCCGGAUUCUUGUCGCAAUACAAAGAGAGAUUUUCUACAAAAAAAAAAAAAAAUAGGAGAGAUUAAAUGAAAUUCUGCAUACAAAAUUUUUUUUUUAAUUUUAAAACAUGACGUGGCAGCCAUGUGGUAUGGUGAGUCUAUGUGGACAUUAUGUGUCGUCUAGGAGGAAGCCACAUCAGCCUGACGUCUAUUUAACUGACGGAAUCGUUAACGAUGUUAAAUUAUUUGACGAAAAUGGCUAAAUUUGUCAAACAAGUUAUUAAAAUGUGGUUAUAUCUGGUAUUUUCUCAAAAGUGACUAUUAUUGUCACAAACGCGAAAUUUUUGGCUAUAGAAGUGUAUUUUGCCUUACAUUUAUCAUCGUUGCUAGUCGAGAUCUGCAUCCCACCUGAUAUGUCUCGAUGGAGAAGCCGACAACUCAACCGGAACAGGCAGCGACAACCUCGGCCGGGGGCAUUAUUCCCUGUGGGUUUUGGUGGGGAUAAGACAUUUUUAUUUGUAAAUGUAUUCAUGUGGAAAAUUUAAAACAUUAAAUUUUAAUUUUUUAU